UUCCUCUUAAACACCAACAUUGUGCUCUUAGAACGUCUUCUGAAGCUCUCUUCUCUGCGACCACGGCACCGAAAAAGCCGCUGCAUCAUUUAAAAUGAGUGAAGCAGGCCCUUCAAGAAACGUGCGCUCGGCCAAGUCGACACGACCGAUCAUGGCGGCCGACGUGCGUAGCAAGACCUGCUGGAUCUGUUCCGAUGACGAAGAGGAAGCGCACAACGGCAGUAAUAGAGCAGAAUGUACCCCACACUACGUCCAGGAUCCGCUUGGAGGCAAUGCCGGGGGAAGCGGUCAGCAUGGGAGAAACGGAACAGGCACCCGCAAGCGCUUUGUACAUGCUUGUGGCUGCACACUUGUGGCGCACGAAACCUGCUUACUCGCUUGGAUUGAGCAAUGUCGUAGGAAAGCAAGCAACAGCCAAGCAUCGAUUAAAUGUCCACAGUGCCAGGUCCCUUACAAAGUCUUGGAGAACAAACCCCUCAUGCUUUCCGUAUUCGAGAGAGUGAACGACCUCAUCGAAUGGUCUCUACCCUAUUUUGGGGCAGGAACCAUUUUGGGCUCUAUAUUUUUCGUGAGUACAGCUUAUGGCUGCGUCGCCAUAAAGCUGUUCAUGGGCAAAGAUGCCGCACACCGACUCCUCGCGAGUCCUUGGCCGUGGCAUUUCUGGGUCGACAUUCCUGGAAUCCCUUUUGCUUUGAUUGGAUCUCGGCUACGGAUAUUCGAUUCUUUCACUUUCUGGCUCCCAACAUUAGCCGUUAUGCCAGCCUUUCACCUACCGAUGAUCAUCACUGCUCGCAUGCUCGAUCACGGAAAUUCUGUCAAAUGGGAGCGUAUUACUACCCAUUCUAGCGUCGCCAAGCGUUGGCCACCGAAUCCAGCUCUGACGCUUCUCCUGGCGCCUUGGUUCCGAUCUGUCUAUGGUGUGAUCAAGCGCACCAUCUACGCAAGUGUGCUGCGCAGUAUGUCGCCUAAGUCUGGCAGAAGGGCAACACAGCAAGGACGUGGAGCCAGAGGGGGCGAAAAUGCGGCGGUAGAUGCACAAGGGCAAGCGCCAAUCGACCAACUGCGGGCCAGACGGGUGGUUGUGAUCAGGGCAGGCGCUGAAAAUGAAAUGCUUCAAGCACCAGUCCCGCCACCUGGCGUCGAUGCCAUUCGAGAAGAGUUGGUACAGGUGGAGCGACAAAUGGAUCAGCCGGUCCACUACCGCGAGGAUGGUGAUAAUGAUAGUGAUGAAGACAUGGAAGAGGGCGCUCAAGACCAGUUGAUGCGACUCAUCGCUGGCGGCCGGAUGCCACGACAACCCGAGCCGCAGCUGAUCCAGCAGGUUCACAACAACAAUAACAAUAAUGCACGGGUCGAUAAUGGCAACGUUGAUCACGGUGUUCAGUUGCAGCAAACUGUGUACGUCUCACCGCGGUCGAUCGGGAGGCUCUGCCUAGGAGCUCUGGCGAUGCCUGGGAUUGCUGCCUCGAUGGGCUUAGUGAUCAAGCAGCUCGCGAGGAAAUCAAGCUGGCUUGCGCAUUUCCUCGGUCUCAUGCCUGCGCAUUUUGCUCGUGCAGGCGAACGAGGUGCCACGGCUUUGAGGGGUGCGUCGCCGCUCUCAAGCCUCUGGUCUGGUGGCGCGUCGAACUCCAACGCGCUGCUGAUAAGCUCUGGCAGCUGGGAAGGCUUUUCGGGAUUCGACGAUUUAGAACCGGUCUGGUGGCGGAAUGCUGUGGGAGUGGCGCUCUACGUCAUCAUCAAAGACGUUGGCGUGCUGCUUUAUCGUUACAUGAAGAUCCGUCAGCACCGGCGCAAGUCGAUCAAGGAUAUUCCGUUCGACCCGAAGCAAGUGGACGGACUCGACCUUAAGGAGUCGGCUCGAUGAUGCGUCCUUCCUUGUUUUAGAGUUUAUAAAUAUAUUGAAUCAUCUCCUAUUAUAUCGCUACAGGUGAACAGGUCUCCAGCCGACUGGUGCCGUUUGGAAUUAGAGCCAGAACGUCGACGAAUGCCAUAGCCGUUCCCGCCCUCUGAUGGAAAAUAACCAAGUAGUGCGUAGGACAGGGGCACAGCGCAGAAUAUCAGAUUCGUUCAUGCACACGGACAGACUAGCCUGAUUGCUUGCUCACAUGC